AUGGCAUCCUUCUUCUCACUCGAGGGCUCUACAGCCGUUGUCACCGGUGCCACAAGGGGCAUUGGACAGGCCGUUGCCAUUGGGCUUGCCGAAGCCGGCGCAGACAUUAUUCUCAUCCAGAGAGACACCACAUCGACGACGACAAAAGAGGCCGUUGAAAAGACAGGCCGCAAAGCAUGGGUCUUCACAGCUGAUCUUGGUGUCCAAGAGCAAGUCGCAAACAUUGCCAAGGAUGUCACCGCCGCGGGCCACAAGGUAGACAUUUUGGUCAAUUGCGCCGGCAUUCAGAGGAGACACCCUUGCGAGGAGUUUCCCGACAAUGACUGGAACGAUGUCAUCCAAGUCAACCUCAACACCGUCUUCACGCUCUGCCGCGACUUUGGCCGCGAGAUGCUCUCCCUCCCCGUCUCCCCCGUCACCGGCCGUCGCGGCAGCAUCAUCAACUUCGCCUCGCUGCUCACCUUCCAGGGCGGCUUCACAGUCCCCGCCUACGCCGCGUCCAAGGGCGCCGUGGGUCAGGUCACAAAGUCGUUUGCCAAUGAGUGGACGGCCAAGGGCAUCACGGUCAACGCCAUUGCGCCGGGAUACAUUGAGACGGACAUGAACACGGCGCUGCUGAAUAACCCGGAGAGGCUGGCGGGCAUCAGCGCGAGAAUUCCCGCGGGCAGAUGGGGGUCGCCCGAGGACUUUAAGGGAACGUCGGUGUAUCUGGCGAGCAAGGCGAGUGGAUAUGUAAGUGGACAUACGCUGGUGGUGGACGGUGGAUGGAUGGGCCGGUAA